GAUGGGCAACAACAAGGAUACAUUUAUUCAUACGCCUCAACAGUUCAAGCGAGUAGCGGUAUCGACCAAUAGAUUACUGUGUAAUCACUUUGGUACAGAGCCGAAGACAGUUAUCGGGGAACCCCUGCCAGUCAGCAGAGAAGAAACGUUACGUCUUUUGUCUGACAUCGCAAAACGAGAUUGGUGAGAGCAGAGCCUACAAAGCAGAAUCAACAGAAAUGGACCCUGCAGGGUAUAGUACUGAUUAUGAAGCCAACCUCGCGUCGCAACCGAUCUCCGUGAGGUUCUGCCAAAUCCGCAAUGGCCCGGGGCCGCAGGGUGCAUUCGACUGGUGCGGCGGCGACGUCCACUGGAGCUGCUCGUGCCAGGCCUCGGGCAGCGUCCUCUGCACCAGGUGCUACGACCAGAUGAGGAUCCACCGCGGCGCAACGCAGAUGGCGCGGCAAGCGUGGCUGCUGGACCAAAUCCAACAGGCACGUGCGCAGCGGCAACGACGCCGGGCGUUUGAAACGAGGCGUUUCGCUGCGGCCACGGGCGACUACUUUGAGACCGCCGCGACGGCGCGUGGAACAGUCUUGGAACAGCUGGAUCCCUCUCUGUCCGGGGCUUGAGGGCGCUGGCCAGAGGUGCGUGGCAAGGAGCAGUUGUUGCGUGGGG